CUCCCCCCUGCGAGGCGGGGGCCAGAGCAGGCCGGGUGGCGAGCGGGGACGGUGCACCGGCUGGCAACGGGAGCACAUGGGUCUGGCGAUGGAGCACGGAGCAUCCUACGCUCGGGCGGGCAGCAGCUCUCACGGCUGCUGGUACUACCUGCGCUACUUCUUCCUCUUCGUGUCCCUCAUCCAAUUCCUCAUCAUCCUGGGGCUCGUGCUCUUCAUGGUCUACGGUAACGUGCACGUGGGCACGGAGUCCAACCUACAAGCCACCGAGCGCCGAGCUGAAGGCCUAUACAGCCAGGUCGUGGGGCUCUCGGCCUCCCAGACCAACCUGACCAAGGAGCUCAACCUCACCACCCGCGCCAAGGAUGCCAUCAUGCAGAUGUUGCUGAAUGCCCGCCGAGACCUGGACCGCAUCAACGCCAGCUUCCGCCAGUGCCAGGCCGACCGGGUAGUCUACAUAAACGAUCAGGUGUUCGUGGCUGCCAUCAUCUUGAGCGAGAAGCAAUGCAGAGAUCAGUUCAAGGAAAUGAACAAGAGCUGUGAUGCCUUGCUCCUCAUGCUGGGUCAGAAGGCGAAGACACUGGAGGUGGAGAUAGAAAAGGAGAAGACCGUUUGCACGAAGGAUAAGGAAGGCAUGCUGCUGAGCAAACGCAUGGCGGAGGAGCAGCUGGCCGAGUGUGUGAAAUCGCAGGAGCUGCAGCGCCAAGAGCGUCAGCUGGCCCAGGAGCAACUGCAAAAGGUGCAGUCCCUCUGCCUGCCCCUGGACAAGGACAAGUUCGAGACCGAUCUUCGUAACCUGUGGAGGGACUCCAUCAUCCCACGCAACCUGGACAGCAUGAGUUACAACAUCUACCAUCCCCUGGGUUCGGAAGUGGCCUCCAUCCGCAGAGCCUGUGACCACAUGCCCAGCCUCAUGACCUCCAAGGUGGAGGAGCUGGCGCGCAGCCUCCGGGCCGGUAUUGACCGCGUGACCCACGAGAACUCGGACCUCCAACGCCAGAAGCUGGAUGCGGAGCGGGGCCUGCGGGCCAGUCAGGAGGCCAAACAGAAGCUGGAGAAGGAGGCUCAGGCCCGGGAGGCCAAGCUCCAAGCCGAAUGCUCCCGGCAGACCCAGCUGGCGCUAGAGGAGAAGGCGGCACUGCGGAAGGAACGAGACAGCCUAGCUAAAGAGCUGGAAGAGAAGAAGAGGGAGGCGGAGCAGCUGAGGCUGGAGCUGGCCAUCAAAAACUCGGCCCUGGACACCUGCAUCAGGGCCAAGUCACAGCCGAUGACGCCAGGGUUAAGGCCCAUGGGUGCUGCCCCCAACCCCCGGAUUAUCGAGCCUGCCGCCCUGGAGGAGUAUAAGAGGAAGGUCCUGGAGUCCCAGAGGCCCCCUGCAGUCAUCCCUGCGGCCCCAUCCAGUGGCUGAGGAGGCUCCAGGCCUGAGGACCGAGGGGUGGCACGACUCAGCGGUCUGCGAAGGAUGCAGUGAGAUGCUCGCGGCGCCCGCCCCAAUCCCCUCCUGCCGCCACCCGCCACCCGCCACCCAUGGCCACCAUCAGACAACUUCCUGCAUGCAGACCCCCAGUACUCUCUCACACCCGCACCUGCGCCUCAUGAUCCCUCGCCCAGAGCACAUGGCCGUGGAGAUGACGUCACGCGGGCCGUGGCGAUGAUG